GCGGCGGCCCUGAGGAGAGGAAAGGGCGGGGGGCAGGCGGGAAGGGGCCGUUGGCACCCCCCCGGCCGUUGGCCUCACGGGGCGGCCGUUGGUGCGGGGGCGGCAUGGCGGGGGGCGGCGGGAGGCCGUGCUCCCCCCCACGAGGCCUCCUGGGGAUGGCGGCGGUGGUGGUGGUGAUGGCGGCAGCAGGAGGCUGGGGUGCCCUGGUUGGAGCAAGCGCUGUACCUGAAGACGAGCUACGUUCUGUUGGCUUAAUUCAAAAUAAUUACAUUUAUGCUGACAUCAAACGUGAAGUUAACGUGUAUGUUAAAGUAUUUACAGAUAGCCCACUUCUGGUAUGCAUGGAUUUGUCUCUUUCUCAAGAAGAAAUAAUAGAUCCCAAGUAUUUGUGGAUCGGUCCAGAUGGAAAAAAUUUAGAAGGGCAAACAUAUGCGAAUCUUACAGAAACUGGAAAGUUGAUGCUGAUGGGUUUUAAGGAGUCCAUGUCUGGAGCUUACACUUGCACUCUUUCUCACAGAAUCAUAGAAACUAUGACACAAGAAGAAGUAGACGUGUUUGAGACAUACAAGUUUAUGUUAUACGCAUACAGGGAAGCUGACCAUGCAUACCAGAUAUCUGUUCGCUUUACUACAAAGGGAUGUGAGCUAGCAGCCAAUGCCCAGUUCUUUGAGGAACUGAAGAAAAUCUUAGACAACUUAAUUUCUGAUCUGACAUGCCACAUCAUAGAGUCAUCGUACAAAUGCCAUUCCAUCAAGACACCAAACCAAGGCCUCCUGCAUGAGCUCUUUGUUACUUUUCAAGUUAAUCCUUUUGCACCCGGAUGGGAAGAAGUUUGCCAACAGGUUCCUUAUGACUGUGAAGAUGCAACAAACAUGAAAGUCCAAGAGGCAAGAAAUCGGAUCGGAGAGUUUUUCAGUAGGCAGACAUACGCUUUGAAGCACGAGUUUCAAACUGCCCCUACAAUCCACUACGUGGACAACAGCUUCUCGGUUACCCACGUUGACAGCUGUCGACCAGGUUUUGGGAAAAAUGAUAUCACCCACCAGAACUGUGCUGGCUGCUGUGUGGUUUGUGAGCCUGGAACAUACAGUCCGAACAACGAAGUCAUCUGCCACGUAUGUACCAGGCCUCACAUCAAGAAGUACGGAGCAAAGUUUUGCUAAUAAAUAUACAACGGGAACUGGAAAACUGAAGAGAAGCUAUGAAAGCACUUUUUUUUUUUUUUUGUGAUGUACUUUUCAUUUUUAGCUACCAGUUCUGGAAUCCUACAUUAUUUUUUGAAUGAAAGCCAAACUUCCUCAUCCACGCACCCCAACAUUUUGUAUCUUCAGGGAACACUUAUAAAAGUGAUGCAUAAAAUGAAGCACUCAUGCAACAUAAAGUAACUUUAAAAAAAAAAAAAAAGGAGGUGGUUUGUCACAUGGCUGUGGGUGCAAGGAGUCCAUUUCUUGGUGGUGACACCA